AUUCUGAUAACCUACGGUCAGCAUUUUCACGUGUCACCGUAACUUACUGCAGGCAAAUGCUACUGGUUUCUAUUUUCCAACAAAUUAAAUUUUCCCGUCAACCAAACAGAGAAUUUCCUUUGUAUUCACGAUCUGACUCACCUCACCUGGAAUUAUGGAUUCUGAACGUAAUCCAGAUAUUGCAACUAAACGAAAUAAUUCAAUUGAUAGCAAUCCUCAGAUUAGCAAUGAUUGUGGAGCAAAUGAAAGUAAUGUUGAUGCAGUGUCAGAACCAGAGUCAACCCUAGAUGAACCAUAUGUAGGUCAAAAAUUUGAAUCAGAAGCAGCUGCACAUGAAUUUUACGGUAAAUAUGCCAUGUGUAUGGGUUUCUUAACCCGUAUUAACCGUACCUCCCAACUUGAUGGAUCUGUUAUUUCAAAAACACUUGUUUGUAGCAGAGAGGGUUUUCAAAGACCCAAUAAUAGGAAUGAUAUGACAUAUAUAAGGUCGCCUAAGGCUCGUGGUUCCAUUAGAGUGGGUUGCAAAGCAAGGGUUUCAUUCAAAAAGAAGCAGGAUUCAGAGAAAUGGUUCAUUAGCAACUUGAUAAAAGAGCACACUCAUCCAUUGAAUGAUAGCGUAUUUCAAAAGGCACGGAUCUCUCAAGUUUCGGGUGACGACAAGAGAAUCCAUGAACUAACUCAAGAGCUGAUGAUGGAGAGAAAACGGUCUGCUUCCCUCAGAGAAUUCAUAAACCUUCUAUUCAACCACAUUGAGGAGCACACGCAGGGUUUAUCAGAAAAGAUCCAGUACAUAGCAGAAAAAGUAAACAAGAUUGAAUCUGAAUCAAAAGAUCAUCAGACGUUUAAUCUGAAUCUAAAUUCAAGGUAGUUGUGGCAUUGUAAUGCAGAUCUAACUUCUCAAUUUGCUGCUUUCUCUUUCAUCCCCCUUCUCCACAAUUUAAUGUAAUUUUGCAAAUUUGAAUAUUGGGAUAGCUGAAUCUGUAUAUUGUUAUGUUGAAUGAAGCGAUGAGGAAAAUCUCGCCUGUUCCAUACAA